AUGGGACAAUUCGCCAAUUUCAUCUCAGGAGCACGGGUAGACCCUAACUCGGCGCCACCCUACCUGCUCAAGAUACGGUCCUCGAAGCUGUUCAUCCUAUCAACGAUAUGCAUAGCAGUAUUUACAGACAUCUUCUUGUAUGGGGCGAUAGUGCCAGUAAUUCCAUUCGCGAUCCAAUCCCGAGCAGGUGUUGAACAGUCAUCUGUUCAGAGUUAUGUAUCAAUAUUGCUGGCUUGCUACGGAGCCGCACUGCUUGUGCUGAGUCCUGUGGUAGGAUGGUACGCAGACAGAAGCUCAUCGAGACGCUUUCCACUUCUGAUAGGCUUGCUAGCAUUGGCAAGUGCAACCGUCAUGUUGUGUCUCGCUCGUACAGUCGCCUUACUUAUUGUGGGACGUUUGCUGCAAGGCUUCAGCGCCGCCAUAGUAUGGGUAGUGGGAAUGGCACUUCUCGUUGACACCGUUGGCGAGAAGGAAAUCGGAGAGACCUUGGGAUGGGUUUCCAUCAGUAUGUCAGUUGGCAUUCUGCUGGCUCCCUUAUUGGGAGGAGUGGUAUACAACAAAGCAGGCUAUUACGCUGUGUACUACAUGGCAUUCGGUCUAAUUGGCUUGGAUAUUAUACUCCGUUUGACCCUCAUUGAGAAGAAGAUCGCCCGGCAGUGGUUAGAUGACGAAGCCGAUACGGAAAACAUGUCUGAUCCCGAACAAGGAUGUCAAGAUUCCCAAAACACGGAGGACGAAAAGCCCAACGUCGUGGAACCCAGCGAUGGUAACACCCAUGAGUCGAUCCCUGAACCUGCAGCAAGCCCUACAACAAUCCCCAAAAUCCGGUCCAAAUGGCCCCCAGUCCUCACCCUGCUAAAGUCCAGACGUCUCUUGACUGCACUUUGGGGAUGCAUUGUCCAAGGCUCGCAAAUGACAGCUUUUGACUCUGUCAUACCGCUCUAUGUACAGCGUACAUUCCACUGGAAUUCCAUUGGAGCAGGCCUGAUUUUCCUCGCCGUUUUUAUCCCAGGAUUCGCCGCCCCGUUAGUAGGCUGGGCGACCGACAAGUAUGGACCUCGCUGGCCAACGGUCAUCGGUUUCACCAUGGCAAUCCCGUUCUGGGUCUUGCUCAGAUUCGUAACGUAUGACAGCUUGGGCCAGAAGGUUCUGCUCUGUGCUUUGCUGGCGCUGAUCGGUGUUGCGUUGUGUCUUACGAACCCACCUCUUAUGGCAGAGAUCACGUAUGUCGUGGAAGCGAAAGAGAGGCAAGAACCAGGACGAUUCGGAGCCAAUGGUGCGUAUGCUCAAGCUUAUGGCUUGUUUAUCACUGCAUUCGCGGCUGGCACACUAAUAGGUCCUGUCUGGAGUGGUUAUGUUGAACAAGCGGCUGGAUGGGGAACGAUGUCGUGGUCGUUGGGGUUGUUCAGCAUCUCGGGUGCUAUUCCAUGCUUCAUUUGGACAGGAGGCCUGAUCACUCAGAAUAAUGCCAAAAGUGCUGAAGAGAGAGCUGCUGGGAGACCGCAGCCUGUGAUACCGGGAGCGGAAUCCAAUGUGGUGUAA